UAGACCAUUGGGAAGGAGUGCGCACAAAGGUCUUCAAUGUGCAAGCUAACCGGAAUCUGCAUUGUUCAGGGAGUGACAUGAGCGUCCUGAAACUUGGCAACACCUCUCCUCAAACUACAGCUCUUCCAAGAAACAUUACAUUGCAGAAGACACACAACAGUUCCAAGAAGGAAAGCAAAUAUAUACUUGGAGAUGCUUAUCAACCCAGCAUACUAGGGUCAAGUCAGAACAAAUAUAAAGGAGCUUAAUAGGAGACAACUGGCUUCCUCCCAGUAACAGAAUCAACUGAGAGGAAGCCAUCCCUCUGACAAACAAAUAGGUCAUGCUCCUCUGCUCCCAGAAAGAAGAAAUGCUCCCCAAAAACAGAAGUCCUCUACCAAAAAAACAAGUUUGUCUGACACUCCAACAAGUGUCUACAGCAGACAAAUAAUGAGUACUGUCCUACUAUUAGUAGGCUGUAAGGGUAAUGGCAAUAGCCACACAGGCAACACCAUUCUGGGACAGGAAGCCUUCAGGGUUACCAGGAAAGGAGGAACAGAAAAGUCCAGCCUGGGCAGCAGCAGCCAUGGGAAGGUGACAGUAGUCGACACCCCCGGAGUCUCCCAUGAGAUGACAGAGUCUGAGUUUGAGGAGCUGGUUCAAGCUGUGAAAAUGGUUCCUGAGGGUUUUGAUGCCAUCUGUCUGGUUUGGGACUACAACAACUCUGAGAGGAAUGAAGACAAGGAGGUCCAAGUGUUCCAGUCCCUCCACAGGCUGUUUGGUGAUGGGCUGUACGAGCAUCUUGUCAUCGUGGUCACACAUGCUCAGCAGGAGGAUAUCCCAGAGUUUGUUAACGACCUGCCUAAUGCCAUGAAAGAAAUUGCUGAACAAUGCCACAACAGGGUCAUUGCAAUUGAAAAUAGAGGUAAUUUAGCAAACAAGCAGGAGGCAUUAAAAACACUUAAUGAGUGUAUCUCUGAAUUGUCUAAUAGUGCUAGAAGGUAUGUCACCUCAGAUCUUUCUCCAAUCUGCCAAAUCCCAGAAGGGGAAGAACUUGGUAUUGUACUGGUAGGGAAAACUGGAGUGGGGAAAAGUCACACAGGGAACAAUAUCACAGGAACAAAGAAGUUCAGAGUUUCUGACAAAGCGAAGUCAGAAACCCGUGUAUGUAAGCAACAUAUCAGGCAGAAGGAUCGGCAAAUUACUGUGCUGGAUACUCCCGGAGUGUUUGACACUGGUAAUGUAGAGGACAUCUGCAAAGAACUCUGUCGUAUUGUAACAUUCUUCCCAAAUGGUCUUCAUGCAGUUAUUCUUGUCCUCAGAAGAGGCAGAUUCACCUGGGAGGAGGCUGAGACGAUUAAAUUAUAUGAACUCAUGUUUGGCGAAAGGCUUCUUAAGCAUUCUUUACUUCUUAUCACAGCAAAGGAUGAACUUACUAGCAGUGAAGAGGAAUAUCUCAAAACUGCUCCUGAUGACCUGAAAAAUGUCCUUAAGAAAUGUGGUAAUAGAUGUGUUUUCUUUAACAAUGUGUCCAAAGAUGAAACUAUACUAAGGAUGCAACUGGUUAAUAUGAUCAGGUUAGUCGAUACUAUCACGAAAGAAGAGGGAGUAUACAAUGAUGACUGGUUUGAAGAGGGGAGAAAAGAAAUGAACAAAAUCAUACAAGAUAUCACAGGUAGUAAGGCUACUUGGAAGGAUCUUACUAGGGCAGUAAAAAAGAUUGCAAGAGACAGAGCCAUGAAUGAAGACUAUCGUAACACAAAUCUGUUUGGCAAGUUUUAUGAAAAGCUCCAGUCAAACUGGCACCAACUGUGUGACCAAGUAAAAUCAUUAUUUGGUAAGAUGGUAGAAGUAAUGUCAGGGUAAAAGUGCUGCUGGGUAGGUACAACUAGCUGUUGGCUACUAAUUGCAAUACAGACAUCUUUGACUUUGACUACAGACAUCUCAAAAUCAGGAUAGAAGUGGACAAGUAAAAUUGUAUUAAAUUUUCUGGAUCAUAUGUUCGAGAGACUAUCUGUCUGUUAUAGAUUUCUGAUUAUCACACUGAAUAACAUCUUCUUGGAAGUGAAUGAGGCAUUAAAUGUAUAUUAGUACUAGGGCUGUUGUUGAUUCCUGCCAAAUGCCAAGGACAAUCUUUAGCUAAUGUACAAGUGGCUGUAGUGCAGAAGUUGACCCAACCAAGUGACAAUGGAUGAUGGUGACUUUAUAUAGUAAUGGGCUCUAGAUUUGUUGUUGUGCAGAAUAUCAAUCCAUUUAAUCCAUAUUUGUAAGAAUCUCCUGAGCUGUGGUUCAUAUGUACCUGAUAGAUUAUUUCCUCUAUUUUACAAUUCUUCAAUUCUUUGUUUUAUGUCAUUAGUCAGCAUCUAACAUGGAGACAAUGAAAAUCAAAUCAAAAUACAUUGCACAAUGUAUUAUUAUUGUAUUAGUGAGCAGAUGAGGGUCCCCAAGAAGUUCAUAUGAAUAAAGUUGAACUGGAACAAUA